GUAAGAGGUGCAGUGAGAGGAGCAGUGAGAGGAGCAGUGAGAGGUGCAGGUGCAGGCCCAAGGAGAGGGCAAGGUAGAGGUGUAAGAAUGCGUGGUGGUGGCAUUCCAAGGGCUGCAAGAACAGUAGUCAGUGAUGAAAUUCGUGCCACUAUCAUUGACCAUGUAAUCAACCACGGUCUCUCACUAAGAGAGGCUGGUGAAAGAGUCCAACCCAAUUUGAGUCGGUCAACGGUUGCCUCCAUUAUUCGCAUCUUUCAACAAACCAACAGAAUGCAACGUCUUCCACCCUCUGGGGGAAGAGGAAAGCUCCUCAAUAAUGAUCAAGAGCUUGCCAUUGUAGAAAUGGUUGUUGCAAAUAAUGCAAUUAAACUGCAUGAAAUCAAAACUAGAAUUGUGGAGGACCAUGAGAUAUUUGCCAAUAUAGAAAGCAUCAGCCUCACAACCAUUACGCGGACAUUGUCCAAACACCGAGUGCAGAUGAAGCAGCUCUACACUGUUCCCUUUGAAAGGAACAGUGAGAGAGUCAAGGAGCUACGACGACAAUAUGUCCAGAGAGUUAUGGAAUUGGAAGCCAACCAGGCCCCUCAUGAAUUCAUUUACAUCGAUGAGGCAGGAUUCAAUCUGUCCAAAAGGCGUCGACGUGGACGAAAUAUAAUUGGAAAAAGGGCCACAGUUGAUGUGCCAGGACAGAGAGGGGCAAACAUUACUAUGUGUGCAGCAAUGGCAAAUACAGGAUUACUCCUUCACAGAUGCCAGGUUGGACCUUAUAAUACUGAGCGCCUCCUUGCGUUUCUUACAAGCACCCCGUAG